GAAAGUUAAACUAACUUGAUCAACAACAAUAUGAACACCUGAAGCGAUCAACCUCUUUAAACAACAGAAUAUUUAUUGAGCCGUUCAAAGAGUCUUGUGGACACAUCUGAUACUCACAGGCAUAAAGAAGAAAAGAACAAUGACAGAAUCUUCCCCAAUAUCACCAAAAAAACGAGAAAGGACAGGGAGUAUUGAUGAUCCUCCAUGUGAGAAAAAUCCUGAAGUUCUGUGUGACUUCUGUGAGGAAAGAAAGCUGAAAGCCCUGAAGUCGUGUCUGGUUUGUCAGAGCUCUUACUGUGAAACUCACCUGGAGCCUCAUUUGAGAGUGGCAGGUUUAAAGAAACACAAACUGAUCAAUCCUGUGAGGAAUCUGGAGGACUAUAUAUGUCAGAAACAUGUGAGACCUCUGGAGCUGUUCUGUAGAGAUGAUCAGACAAUCGUGUGUCUGUCCUGCACUGACGGAGAUCACAAGAACCACAACACUGUUCCUAUAGAAGAAGAGAUUGACAAGAAGACUAAACUGAUAAUAAAGCUGCAAGAAGUGCAGCAGAUGAUCCAGGAGAGAAACAAGAAGAUUCAAGAUGUCAAUCACUCAUCAGAAGUCAGAAAAAAAAACAAAGAGAAGGAGAAAGCAGCCCAUGCUGAGCUCUUCACUGAUCUCAUCCGCUCCAUUGAGAAAGGUGAGACUGACCUGCUGGAGAUGACGGAUGAGCAGCAGAAAGCAGCAGAGAAACAGGAGGAAGAGUUCAUUGAAUUCCUGGGUCAGGAGAUCACUGAGCUAAAAAUACAAAACACUGAGCUGAAGCAGAAGAUCACUGAGCUACAGACGAGAAACACUGAGCAGGAGCAGGUCUCACAGACUGAAGAUCAGCACCUCCUCCUACAGAUUUACUCAUCCCUGCGCAGCUCUGGAAACACCAGGAACUGGUCUGAGAUCAGUGUGAAGACUGUUGAGAGUCUGGAGACUCCGUGGACAGUUCUGACUCAACUGAAGGACACUCUAGAUGAGAAACUCACUCCAACUGUCUCUACAGAUCUGAAGAGGAUGCAGCAGUAUGAAGUGGAUGUGACUCUGGAUCCUGAUACAGCUCAUCCUGCUCUCAUCCUGUCUGAUGAUGGAAAACGAGUGAGAGAUGGAGACAUUGAGCAGAAACUCCCAGACAAACCAGAGAGAUUUGAUUCAUGUCCCUGUGUCCUGGGAAAGGAUGGAUUCUCCUCAGGGAGCUUUUAUUUUGAGGUGCAGGUGAAGGGAAAGACUGAAUGGGAUUUAGGAGUAGCCAGAGAAUCCAUUAACAGGAAGGGUUUGAUCUCACUGAGACCCAGUAAUGGAUUCUGGACUGUGAUUAUGAGGAAUGGGAAUGAAUAUAAAGCCGGUACUCCUGUCCCUCUGCCUCUGAGAGUGAAGCCGCAGCAGGUCGGUGUGUUUGUGGAUUAUGAGGAGGGUCUGGUCUCUUUUUAUGAUGUGAAGUCCAGCUCUCAUAUCUACUCUUUCACUGGUCAGUCUUUCACUGACAAACUCUAUCCAUAUUUUAGCCCAGGCCCUAAUGAUGGAUGUAAUAACUCGACUCCACUGAUCAUCACUCCUGUCACAUGAUUUUCAUUAGGGAUGUGCCCGAAGCGGAAUACCAUGUUUGGAAAGGAAAUAAUGUACAGAGCCCCUAAAGGGAAUAAUGAGAUGAGAGGAAAAGAUAUAUUUCAAUGCUUUCUCUGGCAAUUGGGUAAUUCUAAUGUAUAGGCCUAUAAUUUGCCAGCAUCAGGGAGCUGCUAUUGAUAUGCAGAAUAUGGACAUCACGUUUCAAUGCACGCUGAAUUUUAUUUUCACUUUCAAGAUUCGCACUCACACGUAAUGUGUGUAUAGUAGUGAGUGUCAGUAUUACUUACCACACAUUUCACAAGAAAUCUGUACUAUAAGGUAACAGGCUCCUGCCAGCAAGCAGCUAACCACGUCCCUUUUGGGGCUCUGUAGACUGCGUUUUUCACUCCUGGUCUUUCAUCUUAAAAUAAUUUUAAAAUUAUGUCCAGAUCACUAGUAGUUCUUGUAGAAUGCAAAAUGUUUAUUGUCAAAUUAACAGUAACUUACUGGCAACAAUUAUCCAGUAGUUGCUGUAUUUAAUACAACAGUAAAAUUACCACAAAAAUAACUACAGUAGUUUUAAUCAUACUGUAAAAUAAAGUACAUCAUUAUGCUGUACUUUAUUUUCAUUUUUUAAUUUUUAUUUAUUUUAA